AUGUUGAUGGCUGGUUCUUAUUUAAGGCACCGUGUGGUUGCUUUGGAAUUAUAUCGAAGGCAUCGCCAAGAGAAUGCAAGCGCGACGAAGCAGCCUGCUGGUCUGCUAGGAGCGCGAGACAAGCGGGUUGAGAGGGGCCGGCAGUGCAGAAAUGCUCCAGCCCGUUGGGUUCUGAAGCGCACAGUCUUGCUCCAGUGCAAAAGAUUGGACAAAGAGGCCACGGUUGAUUUGAUGGGAACUAGAUCUCAUUUCUCAGCUUUGGAAAUUGCACCUUUUUCUCCGCACAGCUUUCCUCGAAACAACGAGAUGGGGCAGUGA